UGUCCCUGGAGGUGUUGAAGGUGAGAGUGGAUGUGGCCUCAGUGCCAUGGUCUGGGAAGCACAGCAGGGUUGGAUCCAGGGCUGGACUUGAUCUCAGAGGUCUUUUCCAACCCAGCUGAUUCUGUGAUUCUCUGAUUGCCAUUCCUGUGGCAGCACAUGCUUGAGGCUCCAUCCCCAGGGUGACAGAGAUGUCUGUCCAUAUCUAUCUCCAAGGUUAGUCUGUAAAUGUGUGGUGUUAGCAAAGCAGGCUGAGUUGUGGGCUGGUUGUAGAAGGAGAAAGAAGCCCCCAGGCCAGUGCAAGCAGGCAGCCCUCAGCUUGCACAUGAUGUCCCCUCCCUGCAGGUUCCUGUCCUUGAGCCCAGGCCCUGAGGAUUUGUCCUUCCCAAAGCUUGGGCAGAUGAAGGAGGCUGCGAGGAAGAGGAAGAUGCCUUGGGCCCCCCAGGCAGGCCCCGAGCUGAGGACGGAGAGCCCGGAGGACAAAUCCCCCCGGCAGACCCUGGUGGGAGAGGCCGUUUUGAAGGGCUCCCCGGCGCAGGAAGGCAGCGGGGAGGAAAAGGGCCGGAGAUCCCCCCGCAGGAGGGGCUCCAAAGCCAGCCCAGGGUGCUCUGAGGAGGAAAGAGCCAGCGUGUGCCGGGAAGGCGGCCGGAGCUUGAGGGGGAGCUCUGACCUGGUGGUCCCUGAGCAGCCUCCCAGCAGGGAGAAGCCCUUCAGGUGCUUGGAAUGUGGGAAGAGCUUCAGGAAGAGCACCCAACUAAUCCGACACCAGCACAUCCACACUGGGGAACGGCCCUACACAUGUAGGGAAUGUGGGAAGAGCUUCAGGAACAGCUCCAACCUGAUCCAACACCAGCGCAUUCACACUGGGGAACGUCACUACAAGUGCUUGGAAUGUGGGAAGAGGUUUAAGACCAGCUCCAAUCUCCUCCUGCAUGAGCGAACGCACACGGAUGAGAGGCCCUUCCGCUGCACCGACUGUGGGAAGGGCUUUAAGCGGAACUCCAUCCUCAUCAUCCACCAGCGGACACACACGGAUGAGAGGCCCUUCCACUGCACCGACUGCGGGAAGGGCUUUAACCGGAACUGCACCCUCGUCAGGCACCGGCGCAUCCACAGCGGGGAGAGGCCCUACAAGUGUGGGGAGUGUGGGAAGAGCUUCACCCAGAGCUCUAACUUGACCAAACACCAACGGACCCACCAGUAAGGGGAACCCUACGAGUGCCCCGACUGCAGGAAGAGCUUCGGCCGCUGCUUCCACCCCGAAUGAACCCCCUGAUGGGGAGGCAACCCCUGGAGUGCAGUGACUGUCACUCCAUCCCUUUCGACCACAAAGGGCCAGUCCCCUUUCCCAGGGGCAGCUUCUUCCAACAGAACCCUUCCUGGGGGGUGUGUGGAGAUUCCUGCCAUGGCUGGGGACCCCCCAAAGUCACU